CUAGAUGAUAGAUGCUGCUGGCGGGGCUGCUUCAGUCAAUAUUGACGCACUCAACGAUGAGCCAAAGCAUAAUUUGGAAAAAUAAUUGUGGUCUUACCCAAGAUGACGAUGGAGUCAAUUUUUGUGGUGACAGCGAGACUCGAAAUGUUAAAUUUAAAGUUAUUAAUUAUAUCCCGUCGAGAUAUCAUCCUAAAUACUUGUGGUACGUUGCAAUCAGUUUUCUCGUGACAAUUCUGCUAAUCACCAUUAUAGCUGUAUUUAGCAGUCGAAGUACAGAUUCAGAUGCAAGGUUAAUCACUCUUCCCAAACUCUAUUUCAUCGUCAAUAGUACGAGACUUGUGCGAUACGACCUUGAAACUGAUCAUCUGACGUCACAGCAAGAAGCACCGAUGAAUUCAACAUUCUUAUCUUUCGAAAUAGAUGGAAGUAUCGAUAGAUACUGGGUUGAGAACUUGUUUGACGGUUCUCGCAUAGUAGCUCAAACGACUGAAAGUCGGAAGAAAGUUUUGUUGCAAGAGAGGAGAUUCAAACCAAAUGCAGUAGUUUUCGAUGACUCAUCGGCCAAUUUUUAUGCGACAGAUGACAAUGCUGGCCUUCUGAUAGCGAUGAAUGUGCAUAGCGGGCAUUUUCUCAUACUCUUGGCCGACCUGAUUAGACCUCGUGAUGUUGUACUCGACUCCAACGAAGGACUUGUGUUCGUAUUGCAGCACUCAUAUUCCAUUGUACGCGCAAACAUGGAUGGGUCUAAGCCAGUUGAAAUCGUCAGUAAAAACGGUACCACAGCUCUAUCGAUAGACUCAACCAAAAAACGCCUUUAUUGGAUCAACGACUUUUUCAGUAUCGAGUCGUCGGACUACGAAGGUAAAAAUCGACGUACCGUCGUCGCGACCACAACAAAAAUAACAACACUGACCGUUUCCGACAACAAUUUAUAUUGGAUCGAAAGAAACGAGCGAGACGAUGUGGCCUUACUCUUGUCCUGCAACAUGAACACUGAUGUGAUCUGUGAGAAACGCGUAGCUCGGAAAAUAGGCAGCGCUAGCAACGUCACGUCCAUUAGAAGCUAUUUGGCCGUCAACAGGACAGCGCCCAGCCCUUGCGAACUGAGCAAUGGCGGCUGCGAACAGUUAUGCUUGGUUGGCGGCAGAAAUAGAAGCAGCUGCGCUUGCCGCAUGGGCUGGCAGUUGAAUGCAAAUGGACGCACGUGCGACAGGGUGCGCGACUUCGUGAUCUAUCCGUACGACGCUGUGGUGAGGACCUGCCUUCUGGACGGCAGCCGAGAGCUGUUUUGGCCGACUCCGUACUCGGUCAAUAGGCUGGCCGUGAAAACGGAAAUUGAUUUCGAGUACGACUUGAAAAACGAUUACUUUUACUUUAGCGACGACCACCACAUCCACAGGAUGAAGCUCAAGUCGUACGCCGGUCAGGAGGUCAUCUUGAGUGUUAACUCGUCGGAUCUAAUAAUCGACGACAUUGCUUACGAUUGGUUCACCGGCAAUAUGUACUACGGGCAGCGUCACGUUGACGCCACUCUCGAACAUUCUCUGGUGGUCUUCAACACGCGUCUGGGAGAGAUUCGCCGCAAGAGCAUAAAGAUCUUUGACCAAGACGACUUUAAGGCUCGUUCGUACGCCCUGGCCUUGCACCCUGGAAGGGGUUAUUUGUUUGUGGCCGUCACCCACGAGGACGAACGCGACACUCACGUUUUCCGCAGCAAACUGAAUGGCACCGAUUUCACGCGAAGUUACCAUUUCUACGCGGAGGGCAUGCAGGAUCACCGAUUUUUCGCCAUCGAUUACGAGUCCGAUCGCGUAUACGCGAUUCAAGAAUCCGGCGAAAUAAUAUGGAUAGUGUACGUUAAAAUCCAAUCUACGGGAAUGCAGUUUCCCGAGCAUCCUAAUUUCGCGCAUGCCAGAACUGUCGCCGUGCACCAGCGCUGGCUAUACCUCAGUAGCUUCUCGAGGAUAUGUCGCUUCGAUAAGGAAACCGGAGAGGAUCCAUUCGUGAUUGCUCCGCGAGUUGAAGAUCCCGCCAAGAAAAUCACUGGCGUGAGAAUCGCCAGCGAAGAAAUACAGUUUACUGGCUCGGAUAAUCCCUGCGCCGAUAAUAACGGCGGUUGCGAACAAUUCUGCUUCUCCGGAUCCAAGGCUACGUGCGACUGCACGGACGGCCAAAAAGUCAACGACCAUGGACGAUGCUACGUAUCAAUGUAACGAUUAUUCAAAUUCGCGAAAGCGAUUUCGUCUCUAGAUACUUCUACAGAAAACAACAGUAAAACGAAUCAACAAAUAUGAUUAGCGUAGCAACUUACGAACUUCGUUUUCAAGCAUUUCGAUACCAAUUUGUUCCAUAAUACUGCCGAUCUUCCUUAUUUGUAUGUAUUUGCACUCAACUCUUUCAAAACCACGAAAAGCGAAGUGUACGCCGAGAAGCCGCAUAUAUGAACUGUCAUUCCGAAAAUAUUAAUUACGUUGGGUAAACUGAGGACGCAGUUUACAUUGCCAGAUAAAAAUUUAUGAGAUUGUACGAACGUGUAUAUGUAUAAUGAAAUGAAGAUAACUUGAAAGAUGUUAAAGUAUUGAAAGGUAUUGAAUGUUGAAGUCAAACGAAUCAAGGGAAAAGUCGUUUGUCCAUUAGUAUAAAAAUUUUCUUUCAGGCCUAAUCGCUGUCACUAUUGCUAAAAUUUCUUCCGUAAGCAUCGACUCUUCGAACAAAAGAAUCAAAAAUAUAAUGUAUCUUAGAUAAUAGUGUAUUUCUAUUAUCUUUUUUAAUGAAUUGAUAGAAGAUAAAAAAUAUUCGUAUCUUCCUAAUAUCAUUAUUUGUUUAAGCAUAUUGAGAACUAAUCUGUGCAAUGAACCUUUUACAGAAACCUCGAUUUCUAUAAGGUGUCUUGAACUGUUCUUCAUUAAAUAUUAUUUUAUAAUAAUCACUGUGAAAACUCAUUCCCUCAUUCAAUUACAAUAAAAAUUUUACAAUGCUGUAUUGGUGCAGUUCUACUUUCCGAUUAGAUGGUAGAGACCUUUACGUAUAUACAUUCAUAUAUAUCCGCUUCAUCGCUCUGAGCUGGAAGGCUAAUUUAUCGAACACAUUGUUGAUUUUAGGCAGUACCAUAAUGUUAGUAUAAUUCGAAUUGUAACUUAAAGAAUGCAAGUGUCCAUGUAUAUAUUAAUAAUUUUCAGACAAAAAAAUAAUUAUAAAAAAUAAGAAUC